AUGGAUAAGCUCAAAAUAAAUUACGAUCUCCUGCCCAUGAAAUCGCACUAUCUUUUCAUCAAUGCAGACCUUCGGUAUGAGCCCUUUGAUGCCAUUUUUACCCAUCUUCGGUCGUCAGUUGGGAAUAACGUCGUCAAUGGUGGGAUGGAUUUAUUUUACGCUGCCAUUUGUUGGGCUGGUGUCACGGACUAGCCUCGGAUACCUCGCAGACAAGUUCAAUGCCAGGAAGAGAAUUUUGUUUGGAUCGAUUUUAGUGAUGGCGGCUGUCUACUUUUCUAUUCAAUACGUGCCAUCCUUGGAACGUGAAAAAAGGGCGCUCUUAACUACGACGUGCUUGAACGACUCUGGCGGCUAUUUAGUGGACUCCAGUCACUUUUCUUGCCUUUGUUCUUGGGAGGCAAUGAAUCAAAAAGAAUCUGACAGCCUGUCACAGUGUACUAUGCAAUGUGGCGCCGAACCUGAGCGCGGCGUGAUGUUGCAGAACUACGGCGCUCUUUUCAAUUCAACGGAUAGCUACAACGCAGCGUGUGCAAUGGAUCGAACCUUGACUCUUCUGAAUAUUCCUUUCACUACGAUAGAAGGCGGUUGUAAUGAUGGGAUGCAAUGUACAGUCGUUUGCGAGGAUAGCUUUUCACUGAAGGAUUGCUUGACAUCGGGACCGGACAGUUACGUAACUUCACAGGGCUACUGGUCGUUCUUCUUAUUCAUGGUCCUCUUGUGGUGUGCGACUUCUGUUGCUGUUAGUCUGUCGGAUACUAUCUGUUUUGUGGUUCUUGGUGCACGAGUCCAUGAUUACGGAAAGCAGCGACAGUGGGGAAGCAUCGGCUGGGGUGCUACGAUAACAUUGGCCGGAUUCCUGGUUGAUCAAGCUAACCCAACAAAUUACCCAGUGAAAGAUUACUCCUCAUGCCAUUGGUUAUCGUUGGGGUUUUUGCUUGUUGACGCAGCGAACGUGCUUUUCCUCCGUUUGAGGCAAAAGGAUGAAAGUGCGACUGAGCCAAGAGUUGAUGAACCGAAACCCGUCAUCUUGACGAAACUAAAUCAAAAAGUUGCUGUUCGUACACCAGUUGUGAUCUUCAUGGUCGUUGUUGUUUUCGAGGGAAUGUGCAUGGCGCUUGUAUGGAAUUACUUGUUCUGGUACUUGGAUGAUUUGGCGGGAGCGUACGGCGUUACCAACACAAAAUUACUCAUGGGAUUGGCUUCAUUCGUACAAUGUUUCAUUGGAGAAAUCCCGUUUUUUCACUUUUCCGGUUAUGUAAUAAAAAAACUGGGCCACCAUGGAGCCCUGACGAUGGUGAUGAUGGCCUUCGGAAUACGCUUCCUGCUGUAUUCGCUUCUUUACAAUCCUUGGAUAUCUCUGACGAUUGAGAUCAGCCAAGGCAUAACAUUUUCAAUUUUCUACGCCUCGAUGACAUCCUACGUAUACCGGAUAUAUCCUCAAGAAAUUGCAGCGACGAUGCAGGGCUUCGUCGGUGGUUGCAAUGAGAUUGGACUGGCGAUCGGAAGUCUUAUUGCCGGAUAUAUGAUCGAUUGGUCGUCGACCCGUACCACAUUCCGUAUCUUCGGGAUCGGCGCAUUAGUUGUUGGCAUUGUUCACUUGGGGAUACGGCUUUCUGUGAAGAGUAUAGACAGGUUCCAAGGAUUCAAUCACGUUGAGGCCAAAGAACCCCGUGAUAACGAUAUGGGCAGUGAGGACUAAUAGGUUUGAUGGGGAAUGCGGUGGCUGGAUGCGUGAUUUGAUCCAUGUUGGGAUUGCAACGGGGGCAAUGUUUACUUAGUAUCAAAGGGACCAACGUUACCAUCCAUUGUUGAGAUCUGGUGGAGGUGCGAAGCUGUCAAGACGGUCGUGCCAUGGGAUUUGAAUUACAUUCGGUACGAGUUGAAUACAGUAAAAUCUCGUUGCAACGAAGCCAUUGGUACCUGUAAAACAGUUUCGUUGUAAUUAAAAUUUUGUUGGCUAUUGGGCAGGGACCUAAAAAAUGACUUCGUUGUAUGGAAUAAGCGAUUAUUCGUUGCAACGACAUUCUUUGUUACGAGAUUUACUGUAUUUACUAAAUCUAAGAUCAGCAAACAAGUGCAUUCUGAAAUUCUCGUGUUCAGCAGUAGCCAAAUUUUUUUUCUGGUCAUUUGUGCGAAAGGCAUUUCGGCCGGUGGAAUUGAAUAUAUGGAUGUUGGGAUUGGUGCCUUGCAAAA